GUGUGAGCGAAGGUCUUGUUGAAGGUGAGCGCUAGCGCAGUCAGCCAUUGCUUUUCUGGGCGGUGGAUCGUGAGGGGCCGAGUUGGUGGGUUGCUGAAUACCUGCUGUGUGGCGUGUACCUACUACAUACUUACUUACAUACUUCAACAGAUUUCAAGUCUAAAACGAAAGAUCUCUGCAAGCUGCGAAAAUGAUGUCCAGAAGGCGUGUCGGGAUUGUUGGCUUCGGGAACUUAGGGCAGAGCAUCUUCAAUGCCAUUCUGAAUGAGCCAUCAUUGGAGGUGGUAUUUGUAUGGAACCGAACCAAGGAUGUUCUGAGGGGCAUAGGUGGCUUAGCUCUAGAUAAUCUGGAGCAGUUUGCUGAGAGGGAGCCUGAUCUGGUUGUUGAGGUAGCUCAUCCAUCCAUAACAGCUCGGUACGGCGCGCUGUUCCUGUCUGUCUGCGACUACCUGAUCGGCUCUCCGACGGCGCUGGCCGACGGCCUACUGGAGAAGGGACUGCGAGACGUAGCCUCCACAUCCGGACACGCCAUCUACAUCUCCGCCGGCGCGCUCUGGGGUGGCGAGGACAUCAAGAAGAUGGCCGAUCUGGACACACUCAAGGGUCUGCGUGUGACGAUGCGGAAGCACCCGGAGUCGUACCGUCUGACGGGUCAGCUGGCCGAGCUGGCCGCCGAGGCCGCCGAUUCUGACCAGGAGGUGACCCUGUACGAGGGACCGGUGCGCGAGCUCUGUCCGCUGGCGCCGCACAAUGUCAACACAAUGGCGGCCGCCGCGCUGGCCGCGCACAACCUCGGCUUCGACGGCGUCAUCGGCCGGCUGGUCGCCGACCCCAGCAUCCCGGACAUGCACAUUGUGGAGGUGGAGGUGACCGGUCCGGGCGAGCCGGGAGCGGAGUUCACCGUUCGCACCGUGAGGAACAACCCGGCCGCGCUGGGUGCCGUCACCGGCGCCGCCACGUUCUCGGCUUUCAUCUCCAGCGUCCGGCGUGCGCACGGCCGCGGCGCCGGCGGCAUCCACCUCUGCUGAGCGGCGUCCGGACGGAGCGCUACUGCACGCCGGAGAUGUGCGUUCGAGACUGCCCAGGACCGUCCAGUCUUCCAUCCGCGGUUCUGGCACCUCAAUGUGAGUGAUGCUCGUAUGGAGCGGGAGCCACUUGGAACUUUUGGAUCUGAGUUUAUUUCUGUCUUCGGAGAUGUCCUUCCGUUUGGUUUUGAUGGCCCCGAAGUGCGGUGGAAUGUCUGGGGAACGACUUGCGCGGCUUCGUUUGCUCUCUGACGUGUAAAAGGCAUGCCACUUGCGAUUUCUGCUCGUCUUUCGAAGCACGGUCUUUACAAGAUAGUUGCUCAUAUGGCUUGUGCCGGUGAUGUGGCCGCGUACUCGGUUGAUCUGUCUCAUCGAAUCCUCAUUGUUCUGACAGGUUACCUAUCUCGAAAUUAGGGUCGUUCAGUCCGUAGUAUUGUAGUAGUGAGCUAGUGAGUAGUUUGUGUGGGAAUGGGCUAGUGAGCGGCGUUAUAAAGUGCACAUUUUCUUCCUCAGAGCGAUAUCACAUGCUCUUUAAACCGGCUUGUCACAAGCGGUCGGGAGUUCGCCAGACUCCCGAGUCAGGAUAGAUGUGGAGCGAGUCAGGCUGUUUAGCUGAGCAGUUGCUGUGUCGUAGAACUAAGGUCACUCCACGGAAGUUUGCUAGAUCCGUUGUGUAGAACAAUAGGGCCUCAGUGUUGCUGGCGGUAGCUGCCACUGCUCUACUGGCUCAAGCGACACUAUUUGCUUGCAUAUCUUGGCACUGUGCCGGCCCCCCGGCCUUCUACUGCACGCCACGGGCACGCGCGCUUCUAGACCGGCCUGGACCGGCCGGCAGAUACCGGUGCUUCCUAGACUGCCUACCAGAGUCAGUGUCCUGCCAGUUCCGUCUUCAGUCCUGUAUACGGUAUGCGUAUGACUUGAUGCAAUGUGCAAUGCUUACAGCGGUGCUAUGUCAGCGGCUAAGUUAGGUGAUAACUUAAUCGCAAGUCAAAGCAAUACAGUCUCGUGUUUCUACAACAAUGUUAACAGAUAGUGGUACAAUGUAAUCUGGGCAUAUUUAUUUGGAGCCGGAAUGCCCUAGCUUGCCAGGUGCUUGGAAUGAAUAUGAUCUGAUUAUCAUGGCUCUUCCCACCGUCGUUUUUCUAUCUUUGUAGUGAGUAUCUCUCUCGUAUUGUGCCUUGGAGGACUGUCAGCAUUGUGUCGUAGUGCCAAAUGCAUUCCCAGGGCUGAUUUUCAUCGACUGAGUACGAUCCCAACAUCCCACCGCCCAGCGGUGCGGCUUCCCGGAAGACUUGUUUCCCUUUUGGGAUUGUGUUUUGUACAGCGUGUUCUCGGCUGUCGACUUUGUCGUCGCUUAUCCGCGUGAAUUAUCGGGGUGUGCAAUGUGCAAGCUUUGCUAAUAAAGUCAGUUUUUGCGG